AUGCUCCAACGGCGCCACGGCUCCCACUCACGCAAGUGUGGUAGGUGGCUGUGUCACGAUGACCCCUCCUCCGAUUACUACUCCGAUUAUGCCAACCGCUCCGGUUCCAGGUCUCGUUCACGGUCCCAACAUCGCCAUCACCACAAGUAUCAUCACUUCCAUCGGCCCGCCAGCCCCUCCUCCUUCCGCGACAUUAUUGGCCUUUACACCGGCCUAGGCUCCGGCCCAAGCCCCUACAGCUCCUUGAGUUUGCCCUAUAACGGCUACAUCACCUUCGGACUCGGUCUUGGUUCUACCAGUUUUCCCGCAAGCUAUACUAGCUCCUCAACGAUCCUCUCCUCCAUCCCUCCCAUACACCCAAUCGAAGAGGAGCACUCCCGCCAAUGGAACGAGAAUUUCUCACGGCUUCGGGCCAGGAACGAGGAGCGCGGACGGUGUAAAGAGGUGAUAAGGAUUAUGGACAGCUUGGCGAGGGAUAUGAUUCAUCUUGGGAUUCAUUUGGAGGGGGUGCAUCGUAAGUAA